AUGGCUGCCGCUGGAGCGGUGGCCCAAUCAACGGUUGACCUCUCCGAUCUCCCGGCUUUCUUGAAGUCCAGCUCAAGUACCAACUGGCCAACCCUUCUAUCCAUUGGCCAACAAAUCUGGAACGACCCAGAGGUUGGCCUCAACGAAACCCACGCACAUGAUCGCCUCGUCAACUACCUUUCUUCACUUUCGGGCUGGACGGUGUCAGGAUCGGCCUACAAUGGCCUUCCCACAGCUUUCCGAGCCGAGUUUGAUAACAGGCCCUCUGGCUUCACAGGCACUCUGCCCACUGUUGGCUUCUUGGCUGAGUACGAUGCCCUGGUCGGCAUUGGUCAUGCCUGUGGUCACAACCUCAUUGCCCUCAAUGGCAUCUCAGCAGCCAAGUUUGCCAGUGAAGCGCUGGCACACUACGGCAUCCCUGGCCGUGUGAUCAUAGUCGGAACCCCCGACGAGGAAAACGCAGCCGGCAAGUUCAAGCUCAACAACUUGGACGCCUUUGCGGAUUCAGAUGUCUGGCUGAUGGCGCAUCCUACGACAACGAGCGCUAUUCAGCCUAUGAACGCUCGUCUCAACUACUUUGCUUCUUUCGUGGGCAGCACACACUCUGAGGCGAUUGCAAAGGCCUACAAUGCGAUGAAUAUAGUACUGAAUCUGACUGGCCUGCCGGGAACCAGCUCAAGCGCCGUCAGCAUUGAGAACGUCGGUGUCUAUGCAACCAACAUUGUACAGACCGUCAUCGAUCUUGGCGUGGCCGGCCUGGAUCUCGCCACGGUUAACAGCACCGUUGCCAAGAUUCUCGAUUCAACUUAUCCCAAUGUCACUUUUAAAGCUACCACGGAUUCCAACGGCGUGGCUAUUACGAUGAAUGGCCCUGGUGGUCAUGCUUCAGACGCCACCAAGGGCCCCUUGGUGCUGUCAGUCAACACAUACAACGCCCUUAAGAACACGCCCGGAGUCUCCUUUUACCUGCCCAGCAACACAUCCGUCAGUGAGCUCGACAUUACCAUUGACAUGCGCACACGCUACACCAGCGACUUGAACUCGGUGGCCAACUUUGUCAGCGCUGCUCUCGGCACUCUCCCCAAGAGCAUCUCUCACGAUGUCCAGUACCCAUCUCUGGAGGUCGAUCCUUACCUCGGACAGGCUUUUGUUGAUUUGACUGAGACACCUGAUUACCCACUGGGCAACUUUGGAAUCAGCACAUUUGCUCCCGCCUCGACAGAUGCCUCGUGGGUGCAGGAUCCUGUGCUCGACCCUGUCACACACAACAUGACCAGCGCAGCCAAGGCGGUGCUUCACGCAAACUACGGCAUCUGCCCCAACCCAUCCGGGGUUGGCUGUGCCUUUAACCACGAGCCGCUGUUCAAGACUUUGGCUAACACGGCUUUGGCGUACUCGCAGACCGAGAUUGUGGCCAGAGCAGAAGCCCAGAUUGCCGUGCAGCUGCUGGCUGAUCCAUCUGCGAUGAGCAAAGCGACCUCUAUCUUGACGAAAUAA